GCCUUCUUUUAGAUAGCAACGAAAAACCUGUAUUAUAUACCGAUUCAACUCACAACUCCGACCAUCAUCAUUUAACCCUAAAAAAUGAUGUCUUCUUCAUCUUCUCCCGAUCGUUCCUUCCACAAUUUCUGCUUAUUAUUCCUCAACUUUAUCUCCUUCCCAACUUUUCUGUGCUGCAAUUUCAUCCAAGCCCCAUAUGGCCGUCACAUCCGAUCAGGGUGGGGGCCCACAAUCCCUUCAUGGGUUUCAUGGUUUCUCAUGGAAAGCCCAACAGUUUUUUUCUCUCUCCUGAUCUACCCAUUUGGCCGCCACGUGUCUUCCCUCAGGUCUUUCUCUCUUCUCUCGGUUUUCCUCCUUCAUUACAUCCACCGCACCAUAAUUUACCCUUUAUUUCGCCUUCACCGGAAUUCUAAUGGCAGUUUCCCGAUCUCGGUUUCUCUCAUGGCUUUCACGUUUAACUUGUUGAAUUCAUAUGUGCAGAUUAGAUGGGUUUCGCAUUACGGGGAUUAUGAAGCCGAUGAGUGGUUUUGGGAGCGGUUUUUGGUUGGAUUAGUGGUUUUUGGAUUUGGUAUGGUGGUAAAUGUGAAAUCCGAUUUGGUUUUGGUGGGCUUGAAGGCCCAAGGUGGUGGGUAUAAGAUUCCAAGAGGUGGGCUUUUUGAGUUGAUCAGUUGUCCGAAUUAUUUGGGUGAGAUUAUUGAGUGGUUGGGCUGGGCUAUUAUGACUUGGUCUUGGGCUGGGGUUGGAUUUUUGUUGUAUACUUUUUCUAAUUUAGUGCCUAGAGCUAUGGGUAAUCAUAAGUGGUAUUUAGAGAAGUUUAAAGAAGAAUAUCCAAGAAACAGGAAAGCUGUAAUUCCUUUUUUGUAUUAAGAUUUGGUUUUGAAUCGUUGUCAGAAUUAGUGUGUUUAAUUAUGCAGAGUACUUUGUGACAUUGUGUGAUUGUGUGAUAGAUAGAUUUGCGUUUGUGUAAAAUUUGAAUAAGUAAUGAGAAAUUGGAUGUCUUCAACAUAAGAAUCCCUUAGAAGCCCUGAGCCAAAAAAAAAAAAAAAAUAGAGUCUCUAAAAAUUGAAAAUUUUAGAACUACUUAAAAUUAUAAAACUAUUAAAUAGAAUAGUUAAAAAUUAUUAAACUUUAAAAUUACACUAAAUCAACAAUCAAUAAUCAUAAGUUAACAAUUGGAAAGAACCAAUAUUGUUUCUCUUCAAUUGUUUUCUAUCUUCAAUUUUAUAAAAAUAAAGCAAUAACUUGCAUUAAUUACAAAAAAUUCUCUUCUCCUGGCUUCUCUAUAGCUUGAUUAAGAACAAAUUAAUUGUUUGUCAACCCUUUUCAAGCCAAUUAAUUAAGAAC